AGGUUUCCUUCGCAUAGCAGCAGUUUGUUUCAGGCUUCUCGCCGACGUCCACCGUUGAAUCGUUCUAUUCCACCGAUUCCCGAGUCCAAAUCCAACGAGAGCAUAAUGAGCCACUCCUCACGGCGAUCCAGCGAUAAGGGAGAUCGAUCUCAUCCUUCUGAAUGCAUAGUGAUUGAGAACCGUAAUGUAGUAGAGCCGCUGGAUCGUGAACCGACGUCAACGAGUACUUCGAAGAAGGAUCAGAAAACUUCGCGAAGCGCUGAGCUGACCCCACGAAGUCCACUGAUGACGGUCGCACGGACGGUGAAGAGUAAAUUUUCAAAGUUGGCCAGAAUAGGACGACACGAACAGGACGUCUCUAUGAAAGGCAGCCAAAGCUUCUCAGGUAUUCGACAACCAAAAACGACUGUACCAAAACGAAUAGACCAAAAUGCAAAUCGCGUCAUUAAGUCCUCGUCUAUGGAGGUUCCAUCGACCACUCAGGAAGUGGUGAUUCCACAAAAUCCUAAGCGAUUAGAGGACUUCUCAGAGGAGGCCUCAAUUGCUGAUCAAGCACUUUCGGUGACACUCAAUGAAGAUGUGCUCGUCAUCACGAAACAAGAUGAUUCUACUGAUCACAGGCUUGACAGCUUACCCUCCUUCGGGGAAGGGGCUGUGGGUUCUACGUUUGAGAAUGUUCCACAGUCGCCAAGUCAACCAUCAACUGAAAACGAUGGCGAUAAAGGCGAAAUGCAACCGGCAGGAACUGAAGUUGCUCAGGUCCCCCUUCAUUCGUGCUUGAAGACUCCCCAAUGCGUAAGGAAGCAUCACACCUUUGCAUUAGGGGAGAAGAUUCCGGACACAUCAAGUGAGUUGCGAGCCGUUGAACACCAUGAAGCCCGUGGAAGACCGGAGUUAAAAGAGUCGCCUGGAGAGCGCGAACUCAGUCCCCCCACCCGGUUUCUCAUCACCAUGAAGACCCCGGAAGCGCUGAGGAAGCAUAAGGCGUUCUUCAUUGGUCAGAGCGAUCCCUUCGCCAAAAUGGCGGCUGACGAGAGCUCUCAACCUCGGAAGAAAAAACCUGGCAAAAUUAUCAAACAGCGAUCAAUGCCAGAGAAAUCAUCCGUCUCUCCUGAGCGAUACAUUCUCACCGUGAAAACCCCUGAAGCCCUUCGACGCCAUCACACCUUUACGAUCAGGGAGCGAGCAAAGAGCCCAGAUGUUCCGUAUAUCGAAGAAGGUGAAAUUACUGAGCCAAUUGCCACGGUCGGUCCAACUGCUGAUAAGACGAAAAAGGAGAAAGAGAAAGAGGAAAAGCGAGAGCAUGAAGGGAAAUCAGCUCCAAACAAAUUGGCGUUGGCUCUCAGGACGCCGUUUACGAUGAGGAAGUAUAAAACGUUCGUGGUUGAGGAGAAGCCAAAAGAAGGAGUGCCCAGCUCGAAGAGCGCAGACGCCAUCGCUCAACCAAAAGUGGACUUCACAGGUCACACGGAACCUUAUGCUACACCGCAUACUAAGAGAAAGCAAAAAGCAACCGAAGACGAUAUGGAAAGGGAACAUCAGGAGAAGUUCAUCCUUACCACCUCAGCCACCCCCGCAAUGGCAAGAAAAGCCCACACAUUCGUGAUUGAAGACAAACCAGCAGUUGAAGAGCCGGUGAAGGCAGGGGAAAUGUUGAAUAGCGAGACGAUGGUAACGCUCGAGAAGCAAGAAGAGCUCCCUGAGGAACUCCCCUUAAAACCAUCAGAAAUGUACGUGCUAACAACGAUGACGCCUGUUCCUCAGAGGAAGGAGCCAAUCGAUUCGCACUUGGAACGCAUUGCUAGGGAUAGGACGAGAUCGCGAUCUCCGGAUAGGGUAGGAUUGUUCAUAAUGAAGGGAAGGACCACACCGCGAAUCCCCCACCAGGGUUCUGAAGAGGAAAUAUCUCCAAAGUAUCUGGACCUGGACACUCUAAGAAGGGAACGAAGUCAAUCUGACCGAGCAGAAUUUAUCGAGAGGAAAAACAGCGACACUUCGGAUGAAAUGACCUCACCUGAAGAGGAGAUUCCCAUGGACACACACCUAACACCAACAGAGGAGCUGCGUGACGAUACGCUUAUCAUUAGACCGAUAAGGCGUCCUCCAGAGGUCACGUCACCGAUCGCUGAAGAACCCGAAAUGUCCAUUAAUGGGACUCCAAUCAUUGAAACGAAAUUGUCGCUCGUGGAAGACCCUCCUGUGUUUCGACCACCAAGUCCGCCAAAGGAAACGUUCAAGACUAUUAGCCUAUCAAAUUUCGUCUGGAUUUACCUUAACAGGCUUAGGAUUUGGCCAUGUUCAUACAAAGGGGCGCGAUGA